AUGAGACUGAAGGUGUGGUUUGUGUUAAUAGCGCUUGUGCUGGCUGCCACGAUUCGACCAAACGGUGCGUUUGAAUCGUCGUCUUCCCGGCAUCAGACGUCGACGGAGGCUUAUGUCACGCUCUUGUACGGAGAUGAGUUCCUACUGGGUGUUCGAGUCCUCGGCAAUUCGAUACGGGACACUGGAUCCACCAAGGACAUGGUGGCUCUGGUCUCGGACGGCGUCUCCAAUUACGCCAUGAAGCUUCUCGAGGCUGAUGGAUGGAUAGUGGAGAAGAUUAGUUUAUUGGCAAAUCCCAAUCAAGUACGGCCGUCGAGGUUCUGGGGUGUCUACACAAAGCUGAAAAUUUUUAACAUGACUAACUACAAGAAAGUUGUAUAUCUUGAUGCGGAUACUAUUGUUGUAAAAAAUAUCGAGGAUCUUUUCAAAUGCAGCAAAUUCUGUGCUAACUUGAAGCAUUCUGAGAGGCUGAACUCGGGAGUGAUGGUAGUGGAACCAUCUGAAACUGUUUUUAACGAUAUGAUGAGACAAGUGUCCACUUUGCCUUCUUACACUGGAGGAGACCAGGGGUUUCUGAAUUCCUAUUAUUCUGACUUUCCCAAUGCCCAUCUUUUUGAGCCAAGUUUACCAGCAGAGGUGCGGAAGUCUAGACCGGUUCCUGCAAUGGAGCGACUUUCCACUUUGUAUAAUGCAGAUGUCGGUCUUUAUAUGCUGGCAAACAAGUGGAUGGUAAAUGAAAGUGAACUUCGUGUCAUUCACUAUACACUUGGUCCCCUUAAACCUUGGGAUUGGUGGACAUCUUGGCUUUUGAAACCAGUCGAUGUCUGGCAGAAUGCUAGGGUACAGCUUAAGGAAUCCCUUCCAGGAACUGGAGGAGGCAGAAAUCCAAAUGACGCUCUUCUUGUCAGUUUUCUUUUCCUGCUACCAUUUUGUGCUCUACUCUUUUGCUACUAUCGGUCGUUUCUUCAGUCACAGGAGUACUUUGGCUCGUUAUGUAGAAGCUCGUUGUAUGACCAAAUCAAACACCUUUACUACAAGAUUAGAUCUGCGGUGACACUUAAUUAUACUGUUGUUUCUACUUCAUCCUCCAUUAAUCCCAACCAUCAGACCAAGGUGCCUGUUUAUUUGGGUGGGAUCUCUAUUGUUGUCUGUUUCAUGGCUGCCCUGGUGGCCCUUGCUCUUGCUUUUGCAAUUGUGCCUCGACAGGUUAUGCCAUGGACUGGUUUACUAAUGAUGUAUGAGUGGACAUUCACAAUCUUCUUUAUAUUAUUUGGAGGUUAUCUCCAUCUAAUUUACCAGUGGGGAAAGGGAACGGCAGUGCAAGCAGGAGCCUUGUCCUCUGUUCCUGAAUCAGUUGAUUAUGAUUCUGGGAAAGGUCAUCAACGGCAAGAAUCUUUAUGUGCUAGUGCUACACUGUGUUAUGGGCUAGGAAUGGCUUUUCUGGCUAUUGCUGCUCCAUCUUUGCCAUGUCUUUUUGGGAUAACUGCUCUAUUUUUAAGGCUAGGUUUGAUGGUCGUGGGAGGCCUGGCUUUGGCAUCUUUCAUGACAUAUGCUUCAGAGCACCUUGCAACUAGGUCAUUUUUAAGAGGUUUCGAAGAUCGAGAUGGAACGAGAAGUAGGAGCUUUUGUUUGUUGUGUUGA